AUGAAAUGCAGACUGAUGGUUGGAGCAUUACAUUUUGUAGCUGGGUGGACACCUAAUCAGGCGCCGGAUACGGACGACUCGGAAAAUGAUAGGGACAUGAAGGCUAUUAUGAGGUGUAUGGUGGCCAAUGUUUUUGCGUAUAUAUUGGCUGAAAUACCGUGUGGACUUCAGUGGCCCGGAAUAGAUCAAGCUUGGAGGAUAAUGAAAAACAUGGGAGGAACUGGUGGAUUCGAGAAUUCAAUUUCAAGCGGAACAUGUACACUGGAUGAGUACAGGGGUACAAAGGUAGGAACAGCCGAUUUGCAGGGUGCGGUACAAAAAUGGUUAGAGACAAAUACAACAAUAAAUGAUCGUAUAAACGCAAUACAGAAGGACCCAGAAUGCAAAACGAGAUGGGCAGCGUAUAAGACAAGUUUGGCACACAACGAAGAAGAUGCAUUAGGAAGAACAUCAGGGAAAGUGGGUCAAGGGGCAGGUGCCAUGGCUAAUGGUGGCAUUGGACAAGAAAUAGUGACAGUGAUGAAGGAAGUAUUAGUACACAUGAAGGACGAAGUAAUAGAAAAGUCCAAGUCACCGCCAGAACUACAAGGAGCAGCAACGAAGCCGGACGCACCCACACCACCAGCGGCCAAGCCGGCGGCUACCAAACCAGCAACCACAACACCGGUAGAAGCAGCACCCGCAGGCAGAUCAGAGGAAGCUGGGGACCCACCGCAGCCAUCACCAGCACCCGUCUCACCCCAGGCAGAACCCGCAGGGCAACCAGGGGAAGUAGGGGGCCAAGGACCAGGACCUGGACAACAACCCCCACCUCCACCACCAAGCUCAGAUACUGGAAGUGAACGUGAGGGGGGCGGGGAGCCACCUGAAGCCAAGGCUACUGUCAAGGAUUCAUCAGGUAAGAGCCCAACGAAACAUUCGAGGACAGAGGACACCAGCAUAAGGUCUUCGCAGCGGGAAGAGGACUGCACGUACUUGGAAAAUGGUCCCGUGGAUAAAGUCGUCGCCUGCCUGGAGCAGGUUGCAGAGGCAGAAAUAAAUAAUAUGAGGGACCCCACUAAGGAUCUGCAGGGGACAUGGGGUGUCUAUGGUAGCACGAGCUCGACAGAAGUAUCCAUGGGUACUUCUCCUGAGGUUUCAAGAGUACCCCAAGGUAAUGACACAAAGGUUGGUUCCACGGAAAGUGAAACUCAGGCUACGGGGCCAGAGCCACCUCCGCAGAAACCGCAUGCACCAGAUUUCCUGGGUCCCCUGGGAAACCCCACCCUGGAACAUUGUGGCCUCGGUUUAUUUGACACUACUCAUAGGACCUGCAACAAUAAGAACAACCCUUCUUCAUCUGGACCUGGGUCUACUGGUCACCAAGGCCCAAGUUCAUCUGGUACUGGCUCCACUGGGACUGUUGACCCAGGUUCCUCAGGACCAGGUUCCGCUGGUACUGGAAGCACAGGAGGAACUCCAGAUAAAGAGCAAGAUGGCCUCUCUUUGAAUGACCCAGGCACUAACGUACGUGGUGAACUUGGAGGUGCGUAUGCCGCAGGAAUACCACCAUAUACGACGCACCCUAAAACCCCUGACGAUAACAUAAACCUGUCACCUACCCAGGAUGUCCCUGACCUAACCGACACCGUCCUUACGGCCACUACUCCCGUACUCUUCUUCUUGUCCGCCGUCACCGUCGCCCUUCUUGGUUAUUCCCUUUGGAAGUAUUUUGCCUACUUCGCCAAACGACGACGAACGUUUCGCACCGUUCGUGACGUGCCGUCACCGCCACUCGAAGAAGACAUAUUGGAGCAUCUACAACGCGGCGAACUGCCGCCACCCGAUUACGGGUACACGAUGGUUAUGGAUAGGCGGCCCGGCAGAUUGCCCGCCGCACGACGACGACGCCCACCCCGCGUGCAUAAGCGCACGAUCAUCGAGUUACACUUAGAAGUGCUCCACGAAUGUGAAGCAACCGCAUGGGAAAACGUCAAAGACGACUAUUUGCAGAUUGUCGUGGAGGAGUUUGCACAGGAUUUGAUGCGGGACGGAAACGGGUAUAGUAGUUCCCCGGCUUCUUCGUCGAAUCACGAUUCACCAGGGACCAAUGUUUCCUCCACCCUGGAUCCACCCAUUGACUCCGACGGAACAGAUCCAUGUCCACCACAUGACCCCGAUCCAUGGACUUGUAUGCAAACUAUACAGUUAGACCAGGACCCGUCUCCACCUAACGAAGAUAACCCCGAUGCAUGGAGUUGUAUGGAAACCAUACAGUUAGCAACGGACCCAUGUCCACCUAACGAAGAGGACCGAUGGACUUGUAUGGAACAUAUCGACUUAGAUGCAGAACAGCAUGCUCAUUCCGACCACGGUGACGCGACGUCGGAGUGCACCCAAUGGAUUAACUGGAUUGACCGCAACAAACAUAUUCUGCGGGACUGCACCACGCAGCCGUGGUUUUCGCACUUAAAAGCGGAUUGGAAACAAUAUCAGCGUGCACACAUGGCGGAACACGAACACAACGGAGUAUCUGGGCAGCGUACACUCGGUGAAGCUGCAAUCCUACAAAUGAACAAACUGCGGUUGUGGAAAGAAUGGGUAGCGCAACAACAUCGGAAAAUGAGUACAUACAGUGAACAGGAGAGGUUUAAGCAUUUGUUGAAUAAUGUACAGGAGGAGACAGUGUCGGCCAAAGGCGACGUACCUGCCGUCGACACAGACUUCGACGUGGAACAUGUAAUGACAGCAGAAGACUUGCUACAAGUGAGAGAUUUACCAUGCACGCAACUGCAUCAUGCACCGCAUAUGACAAAACCGUUAACCGCUAAAACAUGGAUACUGAUCCUGGCAUUAGUCAUAGAACACUGCGAGGUCGAACGCAGUUUGCAGGAGAAGGAGUUAUAUUUGGAUGCCCUAUUGCAACAGUGUUCACAUUAG